CUGAUACCUCAUUUGCGCUUAAUACUAUUGCAUACAUUACCCUUGACAUCUUGCUCAGAGUUGCCCAUAAUGUCUGAGACAGUUUCCAUCGAAGACCUGGAGGUUCGCAGAUUCGUGAGAGAGUGGCAGAAAAAGGAUUCACCUCUUCGCAUUGACUGCGCGAAAGCCAUGAUGUCCUGUCAAGAUGAACAGAGAGACGCCGAGUUCAAACGGGUCCUCAAGAAGCACGGCCUAAUAUUUCCUCCAUUAAGCCGUCGUCAAUCAUGUCGGAAACACCACAAGAACCUCUUACCACCAAUUCUCGAGCGUAAUGGUUUCCAGUUGCGCAACAGAGUGUUCAGUGUUGACGGCGUCGAGCGUUAUGAUGGCGAGCGUUUACAGAAGCUAUUCAAUCCCUCGACUCUCGGACAUCCGCACGAUCAAAGAUAUACGGAAACAGACACCCUGAAGCUGUUCAAAAAGAGAUUUUUCGCUGCUCAGUUGCAAUUCUAUGAAAUCCCUUUCAAGAAGUCAUCCAGCAAACCGCAACUGCACCUUCUACUUCAAGAUGCAGUUCGUCAGGGCAAAUGUGACCGUCUUCCCCUGUCAAUACUGGAACUGGAGACUAUAAUGCGAGCCGAUCAUGAGCCUCUGCAGGCGGAGUGGGAGGCCAAUUACAUAGCAUGGCGUAAGGAGAAGAGGCGAAGGGACGAUGAAGCCUUUAGGCUUGCCAGGCGAAGGGAGGACGAGGCCUUUAGACUUGCCAGGUCAGCCAGUGAAAGGGCGGCCCUGGAUCACGAACGAUUCAUUGCCACGUACUUCUUGACGAAUGGAAAGCAGGAUAUGAACAAAGUUAGAAAACUACUGGUUCUGCGCAAGGUGCAGAACGCACGGAAAUUUGAGGAUAUGGCAAAGACAAGAGCACCCAGCCUGUUCAUCUGGCACAGUCGGUCAGAUCGCAAUGUCUACAUCGGAUGGGAUAGGGACAAGGUUCUAGAUUUGGCAUACAGAACAACAAAAGAUGAUGAAAAGGCAAACAAAGCGCGGAAAAAGGUAUUGUGGGAACAGCAACUGGAAAGACACCGGGAAUAUAUCGCUCAAGCACAGCUCGGAGAGCCGAGUACAGGGCCAAACAAAGACCCACAGGGGUUCAGUCUUGAUCGAUGCAAGGGUUCCUACGUUGUCCGCUGCGCGGAGAUCGCAGACGAAUGGCUGAGCUUCCUAAAGGGACGAACUUUCACCAUGGAUAUAUGGAGCCGAGAUGAAAAUACUCUGGUCGCGGCAUUUGACUUUGGCUUAAUAGAGGGAACCAUGAUCCUCGGCAUGACGGAGGACCUGCUCAAAGACGAUCCCUACGAAUCCGACCAAGACCUCGAAGCCCGUUUCAGUGACGAAGAAGAGGAAGAAAUUAGUUUGGAGGAGGAAAUGCGUCGUUUUCUAGAAUGGGGCAGCGGAAGGAAGCGCAAGCGGAGGGAUGAAGCUGAACUGGAGGCCAAACGGCAGGCCAAGGCAAUGAGACGUGCCGUGUAUACUUCCGAUCUCGUGGCCGCAGAACUGACAAGGGCCAAGUCGUUUAUGAGCCUGACGCUGGCCACCUAGAUUUCCGGACCGAUAACUGUGUGGAAUUCGCUGGCCGAGUCUAUCUAAUGACGUGGGUUGGUAAAAACGUCUGGUUCUACGGCUACAAGGUUUCAGACACGCCGCGUGUGGAGCCGGAAGACUAUGAUACACUUUUUAAGAGAUCUGGGUCCAAGUAUAUAAAAUCGGAUGUAAAGAACUUGUAGAUAGGAAUGAUGUCCCGGAGUAUGUGCCGUUGCUUUUCUU